AUGACGACGCCGGGCACCAAAGCUCGUAUCGUCAUCCUGGGCUCGAAGUUCGUGGGCAAAACAACGAUCGCCAACUGGUUCCUGCAGAAGCGAAAGGCGACUGAGCUGCAGUGUACUGAAAGUCAGCAACACGUCCUUAUGUCGCCGGACUUAAUCGUGGAUCUCAUCGACACCGACGAUACGGCGCUUCCAAAGUUGAUCAGCCUUAACAUCCGGCGCGCCGACGCGUUUGUUCUCGUCUACGCCGUCGACGACUUCCACUCGUUUGAGUACAUCCGCUUGAUUCGCGACCUCAUAGUGAAAUUGCGCACCGCUGAUGUUCCCAUCGUCGUCGUCGGCAAUAAGAUGGACAUCCCGGAGCGCAACGUGCAUCCGGUCGUCGCCGACUGUCUGGUUACCAUAGAGUGGGAGCACCCGCACGUGGAGGUUUCAGCGAAGAACAGCGACGUCGAACUGACGGCCAUCUUCGAAGAGCUGUUUCUUCAUCCGGCGCUCAACAGAAAGUUCUUUCUGACGGGAGUUACCCCGUCUUCGCAAACGGCGAAAUCGAGGCGGAUUACCGUGGGUUCUGGUCCGAACGAGAUGCAGCGGAGCAUGGCGCCGCCUGUAACGCCGCAGAGAGAGAAGCGUCUGCGAAUAGCCAGCCGCCCCCACACAAGCGCACCCCUGCUGACCGAGCUAGACUCGGCCCGCCCGCACGACCCGCCUGAGCCCUCAACCGCAGAAGCACUCGAGACAAGCGCUCCCACAUCCACCCUCUUGCUGCCCGUGACAACAGAUCAGUCCAAGAUCGACUAA